CCUCACCCCUCUUUUCUUUGGCUUCGUUGUAAACCUAUACAUGAUAUAUGGGCCCGAUCUCAAUCUUUUAGGUGCGUUCCCACCUUGGCCGUCCUCCUCCGACAACAUCCGUACUCGACUUCGUUCUUGCAAACUUGUUUGAUAAACUAGCUAGCUAAAUGCGCUGCAGUCGCCUGCACAGCUCCGCAGGGAUUGGGGACACCAAAGCAGUACAAAACCAGGACAAAGCCCAAGUAUUAGUAAAAUGACCUUAGAUCUGAAGAGGAAAGAGCCUGGAAGACGUUCAAAUCAGAGUUAAACAAAUGAAAUAAAUACUGUAAAUCAUAAGUUGUCAUGGGGACAGGAUACGCUGCAGUGCUGUCCCCUUCGUAUUUACACCAUUUCAAACGCUUACAGGCUUUCACACUCAACCACUUAACAGGUGUAGUCAGUUAAGUCCCUGAGAGCUCAGGGUUUAGGGGGGGUGAGGGAGCAUCGGGGGUCGGUCCAUCUGCUGCAGCGCUUCUGCUUCAGUUGCUUCUGCUGCUCCCGGCGGCCGACGCGCCUGCCGUGGGACAUGGAGCUGAAACAUCCACACGCCGCUCCUGUCAAUCCGCCGGGACCGAAAUGUGUGGCAUUGUAACUAAAGCUGAGAUUCAGCGCUUUAGUUGUGGUCUAAUUUUGAAUCCACUGUUCUGCGGUACGGACACGUAAAAUAUCAAAAGAGACAUCACUGUCCCCGUUAUCCUCUGGCUAUUUUGUUGUUUUGAAAGGCUCCUCACUCGGCAUCACAAUGUUUUGCUUGUCGACUCUCAUCUCCUGUGACAACAGCGCUAAAGCAUCAGCCUGCCGUUCUCGUGCUCCGGCUCGCUCACUGUCCCAUGGCUCUGUUCAAUUGUGUUAAAGGUUUGGGAAGAUCACAGAGAGGGGGGAACGCUGAGCGUCUCAGAGGCAGAAUGCAGCGCACAUAGAAACGGCUGUGCCAUUUGUCUCCUCCUCUACCUCCCCACUGGCAUCUUUUUAAGUCCCCCACCUCCUUUCCCAAGCAUGUUGAGGAAGAGCGUACGUGCCGCUCGAGCACUGACGAUCAUGAAAACCACUUUGACAGCUGACAUGCAAAUGGCGAGUGUUUUUGUCCUCUGAAUAACCCAAAGGCCUGUGGAAUCCUUUCUGCUUCCCUCUGUGGAGACGACGAUCCCCGACCGGAGAGGAUGCGUUCACACUCAACAAAUGCAUUCGCUCAUCACAGCAGAAAAGCCUCGCCAUGCUGCUAAAUCAAAAAGGCCAUUCAAAGAGGCAUGAUUGCAGUAGCAACUCAUGAAUAUAUUAAUGUCUUGUACACGCAGUGCUAAAAAACCUCGGCAUCGGGCUUGUUUUUCCCUCCAAUAAAAGAAAGCCCUUUUUUAGGGGAAGCUUGCUGCCAUUUUUUAAGAUCCGCCUUUAACACACUGUUCCCUUGAGCCUACAAUCCCAUAUUAAAGAGUCUGACUGGAGAAGUUUUAUCAAAUUUAGAUUGAUACGGACAGCAAAGAUUUAAUGAACGAGGACAUGGGACAAAUAAUCAACGUAGGGAAGCAAUCUAGAAGUGUGUGAAUGAGUGGAGAAAGGAGCCAAGGAUUGUUCUUUUCAUCAUCGCCUGCCACAGCCUACUCACGUUGACCUUCUACUUUCCCAUCCUCCUUAUGGAGCCCGUCCACGGUUACCACGAGUGACAGGGACUUGGCGGUAAUCGUGGCAUCCAUUGCGUACAACACCUGGUUCACCAGGCUGCACUGCAAGGACAUGCGCAUAGGGUCAGAGGUGGUGGACCAGGUCCUGCACACAGUCAGCAAGUCCAACAGCUUGGAGGAACUCACUCUGGAGAAUGCAGGACUCAAAUCAGAUUUUCCGCAGAAGAUGGCGUCAGCGCUGUCGGAGAACCCAGCCUCGGUGAUUCACUCCCUCAACUUGGCUCAUAACACACUCGACAACCAAGGCGUCUCCAACCUCAUUCAACAAGUGUGUCGCCUCAACAAGGGACUGCGCCUCCUUAAUCUCUCCAAGACCUCCCUGUCCUCCAAGGGUGUGGUCACUCUGUCCCAGGCGUUGUGUUCAAGUGACGACUACUCCAAUUCUCUGCUGCAUCUGGAUCUCAGCAAAAACCCCGGGGUGCUGUCCGGCGAGGAUGCCACGAACCUCUACCUGUUCCUGGCCCAGCCCAACUGCCUGGUCCAUUUGGACUUGUCUGGGACGGACUGCACCGUGGACUCGCUUUUUGGGGCCUUGCUGCGAGGCUGCUGCGCUGACCUCUCCUACCUGAACCUCUCCAAGAACACAUUCUCUCACAGGAAAGCAAGAGAUUCUCUGCCAACCUUCCGCCAGUUCUUCAGCUCCGCGUUCAGCCUGACCCACGUCAGCCUGGCCUCCGUGAAAGUCCCUCCCGAUUCACUGAGGGCUCUGUUCCUAGGUCUGUCCAAUAACCCUCAUAUCUCUGAUUUGCACCUGGACAUCAGCAGCUGUGAGCUGAGGUCAGCGGGCGCUGGGGUGAUUCAGGAGCUGUUUCCUCGAGUUUCAUGCGUGGGCACUUUAGACAUCUCCGAUAACGGUUUGGAUGCUGACUUGCUGGCUGUCAUCCCGGCAUUUUCGCGGCACCCCUCCCUCAAACACCUGAUGCUGGGGAAGAACUUCAACAUCAAGGGCAGGGUGCUGGAGGAAACUCUGCAGAAACUGGUUCAUCUGGUGCAAGAGGAAGAGUGUGCCCUGCAGUCCCUCUCCAUGGCUGACUCAAGGCUUCGCCAGCGGGGCACAGUGCUGGUCAACGCCUUGGGCUCCAACACCUGCCUGCGGAAGGUGGACCUGAGCGGCAACCUGCUGGAGGACUCCGGGGCCAAGAUGCUCAGCAAAGCCCUGCAGAUCAACACCACACUCAGGAGUGUAACGUGGGAUCGCAACAACACCACGGCGAUGGGCUUCCAAGACGUGGCUAGAGCGCUGGAGCACAACUUUACCCUUCAGUACAUGCCCCUCCCCCUCAGUGAUGUCACCCAGGCAUACCGCAGCGCCCCGGAGAAGACUGACCAAGCCCUGACCAAGAUCCAGCGUGCCCUGCUCAGGAACAACCAGACUCAGCGUUUCUCCCAGAAACAGGCUCUCAGGCUGCACCAAGGCCUCGUCACCAGCACAGCCGAACAGGUGAUGGAGCGGCUGUGCGCGCGGGUGCAGCAGCAGGUGUGUGUCCUGAAAGGCAGCGAGGAAGGAGAGGACGUCCAGACGGCCAGGCAGAUCCUCAAGGAAGCCCGGGACUCGAGAGCUCUGUAUCCCUCCCUGUGUGAGUUGGCCCAUGUGUUGUCAGUGGACGGCCCCGUCAAGCAGCGACUGGACACUCUGGCUGGAGAACUGGCCAAGGCUGCCGACAAAGAGCUGCAGGUGGUGGUGGACUCGAUGGUGACCCUGUGCCGCGAGCUGUGUCCGAUGUCCUGCUCGGCUGCCGAGAGACUCAGCACGCCUCUCUCGUCCAUCUCGGAGCAAGUAUCGAUCCCGCGCUCCGCAAUCCGCAACGCCUUCAUGGAGAGAGCGGCCGAGGAUAUCAACAGAGCCCUGGAGGAGGUGAAGUUAUCUGUGGUUUCCUACCUGACCAACUCUAUAGUGGAUCAGAUUCUUCAAGAGCUGUACAACACCCAUAAAACCCUGGUACUGCUGAGGCAGGUGUCCCAGGCGAAGCGCUGGGACGACGUUGGGACGGGGAGACGCACCAUCAGACAGUCCAGAUUAGUGGAGUCUCUGGAUUUUGCUGAUGAGGACUUUGGCGUCAACCUGGGAAUAGAUACAAUGGCUAUUAAGAAGAGGAGCUCCCGAACGAGAAGAAUUCGUCCCGUCUCCAUCAGACCGAGUCUUGGCGAGGAGCCCAGUCCCUCUCCGACCCCCUCCGCCCCACCGCACUCUGCCACUCUUACCCACUCCGAAUCGUGGGAGUGUCUGUCCACCCUCCCAACCAACGGCUCACCAUUGCGUCACGUGACGCACGUCCGGCCUCGCCCGCCACGGAGAUACAGAGCUGGUCACCCGCCCCCGGAACCUCAUGGUUCGGAGAACGGAGGAGUCAGUAUGCUGGAGGAUGGACUUCCUGAUUUCUACAGCAAGAGAGUCCUACCUGACAGUCAGUUGUCAUCCCUACAUCAGGGCCAGUCACUGAGGAGGAAGAAAAGACGCAGCGUUUUGUCCAUUUUCUCCGGCUUUCGCAAGAACCGCAACUCCACCAUCUCCAAUCAGGACUCUGACAGCGCCUCAGAGAAUGUCUACUCCAUGAUCCAGCACACUAAGGAGGCUGGGAGGCCAGAGAGCACGGUUCCUGGAGCCAACGGGACCAUGCCUGGGCCCGCGCAGGGUGCACCUGUGCACGGCAUGAGGGCUGCCAGUCCCUCUGUCCAAAGACAGUCCACAGACCUGGUCAGCAUGGUGUACAGCUGCAUCGGGGCCGAAAUCGAGGACUCCGAUGGGAGUAGCACCUGUGACAUCAAAGAGAUGGACCAAGACACGGACAGAACCACCACCAUCUCCGACGUGCCUGCAGAUUCUCGAAGUAACGGCCACGUGACGUCCUUCAAACACCAGACGGACAGACAGAUGGACAAGGGCAGGCAGGAGAGGAUCGUACCCCUGACGGACCCGAGGGCCGACGCGGAGGAGGACAGAGAGGGCGCCGUGGUCCCCUGUGGGCCGAGGCCAGAGCCGCCUCCACAGUGCAUCAAGCCCACUGUGGCUGCGAUGAGGCAGCGACACCUGCAGGAGAGUUUAGAGGAGGCAGGGAGGCUGCAGGGAGAAGAAGACCAGGGUGAAAGGAAGCACGAGGACAAGCAGAGAGUGCGAGGGCCAGAGGGACAGCGUCCUCUGGUACCCAUUAAGCCCGGCCACCUCUCCAGAGACCACACCUCUCCGGAACCAAAGGCCAUGUCCUCUCCCGAGACCUCCCCCGUGAGUCCAGGGGAGGAAUCCAGCGAUGAGCGGAGGAGCUUGCCUCCCGCUCCGCCAAUCAUUGAAGAGGAGGGAGCAACCAAGAGGAGGAGCCCGCCACCAUCAGCCACGCCGUGGACCGAAGCAGCAGAUCCCGUCCGUCAAGAUGAGGAAGACGGUCAUAAUGGAUUUCCAGCAACGUCGCGUCACACCAGGAAGUCCAACUCAUUUGACAUAGGCAUGGAACGGGACAGCCCCUACGAUCUGAAGACGUCUUCAGAUCGCAGGAUCCAGACCCGUUUCCCCCAAUACAGAAACCGAUCUCUGGACUACCCUGCUGGGACCAGGUGUCCUGAAAGCCCCCAGCUCGGUGACCCAGACGGGUUGUGACGUUGCCAGUGGACUAGAGGAAAUGUUCUGGGCAGGGAGGCCUGGAACAAGGAGGACUGGAGCGAGACGAGCUUUUAAAACUGUGGAAUGAAAUGACAAAGCUCCCACGGAUACUUCCUUUUAGUUUUCUCUCUUUUUAAUCCAUGUAAACAUUUAGUUGCUGAAAGUGCAUGUGCUGGAAGGCUUCCUGUUCGGUAGCACCUGCUGUGUUUUUUCUCAGGCACAAGGAAAGGUCUGACCUGCGGUACAUAUUGCGCACACUGUAGUUCACUGUCUCUACAGUUUACUCAUCAUGAACGGUUUCAUGCAUUUGUGCGAAAUAACUUAAUGCUUUUCCAUCUUUUACUGACAAUCUGUGACUACUAAAAGUGGGUUUGUACAAUGUUAAUCCUAACGGAGAUGUAAAUAACAAACAAAAAAUGCACUAACCAUUGCGGCAACUUAAUCCGUUAACAAUCAUAUUUUUAAUUGUGAUUUUAUCAUUUGAUUACAGUGUAAGUGUGCUUUUUAUUAGUCUAUGUUGAUGAUUGAGAUGUGUUUUCAUGCACUUGGCACUCCCCUCUCUCCAAGAGUAUUUAAGUUUCCCAAACAGUUUGAAUCUGAUUUUGCAGGCCGGAAAAUGAGUAUAUUUUCUAAAUAUGGUUCUACAAAUAAAUAAAUAAAAUUGACUUUACACAAAGA